ACACCACCUACCGGGUGAUUGCAUAAAGUCGAAAGGAACCGAACAACGCGCUGCUGGUUAUCUCUGCCAUGUCCCCCCCGGCUCUCAGGAGCAUUCCCUACCUCGCCGAGUUCGCAGCCGGCGAUCCACAAUAGUUGUCGUCGCUGAGAAGGAAAGUACUUUAGGACAACCAAGAACCGUUUGGAGAGCGUUUGGGCACCGGAUUGCCUGCCCCGGAUAUAUUCGCUCGUCAUCUCCUAUCUUCCCUCCCCUGGUAGGUGUGGUGAGAUCUUGAGCGCAUUGUUGUAUAGCCCAGAACCGACCGAGUCAAUUGUGAUUGCUAACAAUUCAUCCAGCACUACCUCCUCCUCCUCCUCCUCCUCCUCCCACCCCCAGAAGCGAUCCCAAUCCGUUAGCCCCCAACACCUACGCACUACCCCUAAACAUCAGAGAAAGAUGGAGGCCUCUAUUCCAGACAAUAAGAAGGGCGAGAGCGGGUGCCAAAGCCAGAGCCAGAGCCAGAGCCAGAGCGCGUGCUCUCGAUCCUCCUCCCCCGAAUCCGACGCCGAGUCAACAAAGUCCGAUGUCGAGCUCCCACCCGCGGUCCACCAGUUCUUCCAGUCGGUGAGUCCUGCGGGCUUUCCAACCACAAAGGGCCCGAAGAAGGCGCAGCCAUGGAAAUCGCGCUGGAAUGGUCCUCAGGAACCAAAAGAUGGACAGCUGAUUGUCGCAUGCCCAAGAAUAUGCACCUACGGUAGCGGCAAUUUGGGAGGAUACUGAGACUACGUUUGGUCACGUGGGCUCAUUUUGCGAUUGGGAAUAGGCCUCAUUCCGAUGGGUUUGCCAUUGGGGUUGGAAGAUUAUUGCGAUACGUUCAUUUCUAGAAGUAGAGAUCGAUCGAUCGAUCAUUCCCUC